AUGAUUGAAAAACCCUCCAUCAGAAUCGGAAAUGUCUCCGGCGCAACGGGCGAUCACCCGCACGCCAUGGCGCGUAUGAUCCGCUCGGGCAACAUCCAGGUCAUCACAGGCGACUGGCUUUCCGAGAUGAACAUCGCCUGGAACGCAAUCACCAAGCGUGACGUUGAUCCGAACCUCGGCUACGAGAACGGCUUCUACGAGCAGCUUGAGGAGUGCAUCGACGACAUCAUGACCAAAGAAAUACGCGUCGUCACCAACGCCGGGGCACUGAACACAACUGCGCUAUUCGAGAAAGUCAAGAAGCUCUGCAAGCAGAAGGGAUAUCCUGAAAGUGUGGUUGCUGCAGUUCUGGGGGACGAUGUAUCUGGUUUGUUGAAGGACAAGUCGGAAAGCAAAGACCUGACGUUUCCACAUUUGGAUCAUCCCGAGACCACCCUCGACGACUGGGCCUUCGAGCCUUGCUGCGGGAACGCAUACAUCGGCUGCUGGGGGAUCGUUGAGGCUCUGAGAGCGGGCGCGCGCAUCGUUAUCUGUGGUCGGUGCACCGAUGCCUCGCCCGUCAUGGGCGCCGCGGCAUGGUAUUACGGCUGGCGAGAAGAUCAGCAUGAGGAGCUUGCCGGGGCGUUGCUGGCGGCACAUUUGAUCGAGUGCGGGCCGUACGUUGUGGGCGCCAACUUCUCUGGCUUCAAGGACUUCCUCCCAGAGCUAGUUGAUCUCGCUUUUCCGGUUGCUGAGAUUGGUCGUGACGGGCAGUGCGUCAUUAGUAAAACGGCGGAGGGUGGUGGGCACGUAACUCGGCAUACGGUUACGGCUCAAUUGCUGUAUGAGCUCCAGGGCCACCUCUAUCUCAACCCAGACGUGGUGGCGGAUCUGUCGCAUGUUCAUGUUGAGGAGCAACAUUGCUCAGGGGAAGAUCGUGUCCGCGUUUGGGGUGCGAAAGGUCUGCCUCCUCCGCCUACGACAAAGGUGAUGUUCGCUGCGGAAGGCGGUUAUCAAGCCGAGGCCACAUUCUACAUCAAUGGUCUGGACGUGGAUGAAAAGGUUGCCAUGAUGAAGAACCAGCUGGCUUACCUCUUCAAGGAUAGCAACUUUAGCCGGCUUAGUAUCGAGCAAUACGGCACGCAAGUGUCGAACCCCAGUUCUCAACAAGCUGGCACCGUACAGCUUCGGGUAUUCGCGCAGGCGCGGAAGAAAGAGGACAUUGCGGCCAUCAAAUUCAAGGUUCCCAUAUACGCCGUGCGGAUGCAGAGUUAUCCGGGUCAUCACAUGUCGCUGGAUUUUCGAACGAUGGAUCCGAAGAGUUUUAUGGAGAUCUUCCCGGCGCUAAUACCGCAGUCGGCCAUCGAUCAUCGUGUUCUUUUGGGUACUGGAGAGUUGAUAGCCGUCCAGCCACCGAGCAACACGGCGACAUACAAGGUUCUUCGCCCGUCUGCAGACACUGCCGAUCCAAUCGACCUACUCUCACUAGGGCCAACGGAGUUUUCGCCGUUAGGCAGCAUUGUCCACGGGCGGUCGGGUGACAAGGCCGAUAAUUCGAAUGUCGGCUUCUUCGUUCGCAACGAGGAUGAGUAUCCCUGGCUUCGAACUUUGUUGACGGUCUCUCGUCUGAAGCAGCUACUUGGCGAUGACUGGUACAAGAACAACCCAGAUCGGAGAGUGGAACGUGUUGAGUUUCCAGGCAUUAACGCUGUGCACUUGUGA